AUGUUUGCCGCUGGUGGAUUUCAUUUGAGAAAAUGGGCUUCAAACAGCGCUGCUGUGUUGGAAGGCGUACCAGAGGCAGACCUGGAGAUGAAGAUUUCGAUUGAAGAAGGUGGAGGCAGUUCCAUCAAGACCCUCGGAAUGCAGUGGCAGCCGUGCAGUGACGAGUUCCUCUUCACCUAUCACCAAAACGAGAUCCUUCAGCCCACAAAGCGCAGCAUAUUAUCACAAAUCUCCAGCCUUUUCGACCCCCUAGGGCUGCUUGCACCAGUGAUUGUAAAAGCAAAACUUGUGAUGCAGCGCAUGUGGGAACUGAAGGUGGCCUGGGAUUCGAUUCCCCCCGGUGAGUUAUCGAAAGAAUGGUUUGAUUUGGUGCAGAGUUUUCCACUUCUCAAUACAUUUCAGAUUCCCCGGCGCGUGAUCGAUAUGCGCCACUGGUCUCGUCUCUACCUGCACGGCUACUGCGAUGCAUCCGAGGUGGCAAUGGGCGCGUGCAUCUACGUUCGUGCUAUGGACGACGACGGGAACACAUCUUCUCAUCUUCUCUGUGCUAAAUCGAAGUUGGCACCAAUCGGCAAUGGCAGAGUAACGACACCACGACUAGAGCUUUGUGCUGCCGUCAUCCUGGCACGGCUGAUAACAAAUGUUCAAGCAGCGAUGGCUACGACCACUUUCUACGAGAUUCGUGCAUUCUCCGACUCUAAAGUUGUACUGGCAUGGCUAUCUGGAGGCGCAGCACGGUGGAAAACGUUUGUGGCCAAUCGUGUGGCCGAAAUUGUCACGCACGUUCCCGCCAUCAACUGGUAUCACAUAGGCACUGAAGAAAACCCCGCGGACCUAAUCUCGCGAGGUUCUUUCCCUGAGCAGCUGCAGCAGAACUCGCUCUGGUGGAUCGGUCCUGUUUGGGAUCCAAUAGAAAUCGAAAACGAAGCCGGCACCAAUGACGACCUGGACAGCAGUGUAUGGCGGCACAUCGAAAGAGAGCAGCGCAAUGUUGCCUUAGCGUGUAUUGCUGUCCACACAAUUGCGUGCUGUUGCGUGGACAUCGAUGAGGACAAUCCGCCGAAGAAAUGGUACUGCCAAAGCAAGGCCUGUCAGGAGAAGGCCCAGGAGUACCGGCAGAAGAAGCAGGACGCCAAGAAGCCGGCUCGCACCCGGAAACACGGCAACGAGUUGGACAAAUUCAGCGUCAGCUCUUGUCUAGCUACGUCUAGCGUGGAAGCAAAGGGCCGAGCGCUUGAAGAGAAGCAGAAGCGGCAGUAUGAAGAGCAGGAGGUGGAGAUGCAGUAG